AAGAGCAAGCUUGUGCAUUCGAUCAUGAGGCAUGUUGCUGAGACCAUGAGCGUUGAUCUUGAGGAUCUGUAUAUUCAUGUUGGCUGGCCGUUGUACAAGAAAUAUGGGCAUGCAUUUGAGGCAUUUAAAGUGAUGGUUAACGAUCCCAACUCAGUUCUUGAUACCCUCACUCGCGAAAUCACAGAAGUUGGUCCUGAUGGACAAGAGGUGAAGAAAGUUGUUCCUGCAAUAUCAGAGGAAGUCAAAGAUGCUUUAGUGAAAAAUAUUAGGAGAAGAAUGACGCCUCAACCUUUGAAGAUUCGCGCAGAUAUUGAAAUGAAAUGUUUUCAAUUUGACGGUGUUCUGCACAUAAAGGAAGCAAUGCGUAAAGCUGAAGCUGUUGGCAAUGACGAUUGUCCGGUUAAAAUGAAACUUGUUGCUGCUCCAGCUUAUGUCCUUACCACCCAGACUCUUGACAAGGAGCAAGGAAUCACAGUGCUUACCAAGGCAAUUCAAGCGUGCACUGAAGAGAUUGAACGCCAAAAAGGAAAACUUACUGUUAAGGAACCACCAAGAGCGGUGAGCGAACGGGAGGAUAAGCUACUCGCAGAACAUAUGGCUAAGCUAGGACAGCAAAAUGAGGAUGUCAGUGGUGAUGAAGACAGUGAAGAAGAAGAAGAUACUGGGAUGGGUGAAAUAGACCUCGAGAAUUCAGGAAUGGCUAUUACAGAGUAACUUUACCCUACCCUCCCCCCUCUUUUGCCCUUUCAAAUCUUGGAAUUUGUCUACAUUUUUGUUAGUUUCUCUCUUCCCCAAUUUUCCAACCUUGAUUCAAUGGUUUCUUUUUAAUUCUCUUCAAUGCACAUCUAUACCUGAAUUUAAAUUUUGUCCACAA